UCGAUCAAGUACGUAGAGAACAGGGGAACCACUGUUCAGUUGUCUGUGCGAUAUGGAUAGCUUGCUCUGUGAUGAGAAAUGGGUCGUGAGCCCUUACUCGGCCUCCGAUUGUUGCGAGCACGAAACGUUCGAGAUGUCGGGCGGUUCGGAGCGUACCGGUUGCGGUGGUUCCCGGUUCGGUAUGACCCAACAAGAGCGCGAUGCGGCAAUCGCCGUUUGCUUGGAGAAGGAGAUGGGUUGUAUGCCUGGGUCUGGUUUUGUGGAGUGUGUGGAAGCGAAAGGUUUGGUCUUUGCUAGGACCAGAGUCAUGCAAUGGCUUAUUAAGUGUCGAAGUAGAUUGAAGCUGUCUUAUAGUACAAUAUUUCUGGCAGCGAACUACUUCGAUCGACUCAUCUCCAUUUGUAAGUGCCAGGAAUGGCAACUCUGGAUUGCGGAAUUAGUAUCCAUUGCGUGCUUGUCGGUCGCGUCAAAGUUCAACGAGACCCUUAGCACACUUUCGAUACAUGAAAUUCAGAUGGAGGAUCUGGACCAUUCUUUCCAGCCAAGCACCAUCCAACGGAUGGAGUUGAUGCUACUGCAGAUGUUAGGAUGGCGUCUGGUUCCCAUCACUGCAUAUUCUUACGUGGAACUGCUGACGUGUAAUGGCAACUUCUUGACAUCUCAUCUUCACGAGCAGUUCAUUACGAAAGUCAAUGACUUGCUCCUCCAUUCGCUUAUGGAUAUCAAUUUCGCGGAGUUUAGGCCAAGUGUUAUUGCUGCAUCUGCUUUUCAAUGCGGAUUAGACAAUGUAUUGACAUUGUCAUCGACUGUGUGUCUCACUAACUACAUCCACCAAAUCGUCUGUCAAGAUCAAAGGGAGAUUGAUUUGAUGAAAUGCCAGAAGCUUAUGGAAGUUUGGUUAGCCAGUGAAUGCUUCAAAGCAAUUGCUUGCGGGAGUUUCAGCUGCUACCCUUCGAGUCCGGUCACUGUUCUAUUGGCCAAGCGGAUCGAUGUUAAUGACGAUCACGUUGAUCUCUCUAUUUUCAUGGUGCAAGCAAGGUCAUGCAUCGGCAUCACCAAAUCGAAGAAGACAAAGAGACUAAGGAAAAGCAUCAGUUGAACAACUUCAAGUUAGAACGACAAGUGAACAUAGAAUUAUAUGCAAUAACCUUGGGUUGCUACAAAUUGCCAAUCCAUGGAAGGCAAGCUGAACUACUUCAUUUGAUCAGAUUUUUACGUAACAAGUCAUUGUUAACUUAAUGAGACAUCAA